AUGGCAUCAACUCCAGCACAGCUUGUUUUGCAAACUUUACAACAUAGAAGCACAUUUUUAGGCUACAGUUCUGCCUUGUUUAAAGCUGUUAAGGAAAUAUAUUCUUUUCUCUCCCUUUCUUCCUUUCCUUCUCACCCUCCUCCUCUUGCCGUCGGCCACCACAUCUCAACGUAUCCAGUGAAUGACCAUGCCAUUACUCGGUGCCGUGAUGCACAAACCCGGCCACUAUGGGCCUGUCUUGGCCGAAACGUUGAAACAUGCAUGGAAGAUGAAAAACCAAUCAAAUUGCCUGAAUCAUAUGCCAUGAAUGGUGGAGAUGGAACUUGCAAGAGGAAAGGUAGAUGCUGCAAAGGAACUCAUCAACUUUCUUCAUCUUCCACCAUAAACCCAUUUCGCAUAGCAGAUUUUGGUCGUUCCACAGGACCCAAUACGCUUCUAGCAAUGCAGAUCAUACUUGAAGCAGUGGAGCGAAAAUUCAAAUCAGAAAAACCAACAACCCAAUUCGUCCUAGAAUUUCAGGUGUUCUUCAGUGACCAAGUUUUGAGUGAUGUCAACACCCUUUUUCAAUCUCUCCCACCGGAAAGACGAUACCAUGCUGCAGGAGUAGCCGGCUUUUUCUACGACACGUUAUUCCCUACGGCCUCCCUUCACUUUGCUUUCUCAUCUUCUUCACUGUGUUGGAUCUCCGAUUUGCCGAAGGAGAUACUGGACAGUAAGUCUCCAGCGUGGAAUAAGAAAAGGAUUCACUAUACAGGAGGUAGAAAAGAAGUUUACGAGGCUUAUGCAGCUCAAUAUGCCAAAGAUUUGGAGACAUUCUUGAAUCCAAGGGCAGAAGAGCUUGUGGGUGGAGGGCUGAUUGCUCUUCUGAUUCCUAUUGUCUCUAAUGUUAUGAACUCUUCUGAAAUUACCAUUGGGUCAGGGAUUGAUCUUCUUGGAUCUUGCCUCAUGGACAUGGCCAAAAUGGUUAGAAAUGUUGAGAAAUUAUAA